AUGGCGAAGGUCAGCUGGGGGCGGUGGAGUGCAGCAGAACAGUGCCCUGGUGCUUGCAAUGUGCUGAUUGUAUAUGGAAAAGAUGCUGAUGAAUGGUGUCAGUAUCUUCAGAGCCUCUUGCAUUCAUGCCAAGAAAUUCAGAGCUAUCAAGUGGAGAGUGCGACUGCUAUUUCCACUGAGGAACUGGAUCUCUUCAAGAACAGCAAGUGUAUAAUUAUUCUACUGUCAUCUGAAUUGGUACAGAGCUUCUGUAUUCCUGCUGUACUUCAGAGUCUGCAAAAUGUUCUACAACCACCACCUAAAGUGGUGAAGUUUUUCUGUGGUGUUUCAGAAUGUGAGAAUUACCAUGAGUUUUUCAAAGACUGGUCUCAGUGGAAACAGCUUACCUAUGAUGAUGAACCAGAGACCUAUGUUGAUGCAGUCAUGAAAGUUAUUUCAGAAGCAGAUUCUAGUUGUGAUUCAGUGGCUGAUGCAAAGAUGGAGGAUGCCGGGAAUCUAGAGGAGUCAUGCAGUUUUCCAAGGUGUCAGGCGUAUCAACCCUUGGUGACCAAACUAGAAAAUCUUGUUGCAGUGCAGCCUGAUCGUAUACGCUGUGGGGUGCAGACAACCAUUUUUAUAAUUCUAAAAUGCAAAUUGGAUAGCCAAAUAAAAAUGGAAGUGGAAUUUUCUUCUAAGAGCUGUCAGCCUCUGCGACUACCAGCAAGUAUUGAGAAUGAGUAUACAGUCUCCGUUUACACACCUGACUUAUCACCUGGAACUGUAUAUCUGAGACUGUUUUCUGGAAAUUUAAUGAUAGCUGAAGCAAACAUUAAUUAUUACACUGAUAUGGAAGAAAUUAGCAACUUGCUGUCUACUGCAGCAAAUCCAGUGGAAUUCAUGUGUCAGGCAUUUAAAAUUGUACCUUACAACACAGAGGCUCUGGACAAAAUCCUCACAGAUUCACUGAAAAAUAACCUUCCUGCCAGUGGUUUUCACCUCUUAGGAAUCAACCAAUUGGAGGAAGACAAUAUUACUAGUCAAAGGGAUGGAGAGCUGCCAACUCUGUUGCACUUUGCUGCAAAAUAUGGGCUAAAGAAUCUCACAGCCCUGUUGCUUACAUGCCCAGGAGCUCUGCAGGCUUAUAGUGUUGCCAACAAGUAUGGUCACUAUCCUAACAACAUUGCAGAAAAGCAUGGCUUCAAAGAUCUCCGCCAGUUCAUUGAUGAAUAUGUGGAGACAGCAGACAUGCUGAAAACUCACAUAAAAGAGGAGUUGAUGCAGGGGGAGGAAGAUGGCUCUGUUUAUGAGUCCAUGGCUCAUGUCUCUGCUGACCUGCUGAUGAAAUGUUCUCUGAACCCCAGCUGUGAUGAAGAACUCUAUGAAUCCAUGGCUGGUUUGAUCCCUAGCUCUAGAGAGGACUUAUAUGUAGAAAUGCUUCAGUCAAAUGCUAGUAACUCCUUUUCACGGACUACCAAGGACUAUAUGAUGCGCAGAUUCUUAGAAGGUGUUAGCUUGGAGGUACCAGAACGGAAAGAAAGUAUAUAUCAUCGAAGUGAAGACGAAGAUGUCUAUCAUACUGUGGAACAAGACAGCUUUCCCCAGGAAAUGGUCAACAGGCCACCUAUUCCUGUUCCAAGACCUGAUCCCUCCUCCAUAUCACAGGACAAAGAACCAUACAUUUAUAAAGUAUUUGCAGGAAAAGAUCAAGAGAAAUCUGGGAAUCUUUAUGUUUCUACAGCAAAUACUGGCAAAGAUUCAGUUUCAAACCAGCUUCAACAUAAUAUAUAUGACCCAUUUGCUGGGAUGAAAACUCCAGGUCAGAGGCAGCUGAUUACUUUACAAGAGCAAGUGAAGCUGGGGAUGCUCACUGUAGAUGAAGCUGUCCUGUGUUUCAAAGAGUGGCAGUUAAAUCAAAAGAAGAGAGCAGAAUCAUUUCGCUAUCAACAGGAAAAUCUAAAAAGGUUACGUGAUAGCAUCACUCGACGACAGCUUGAAAAGGAAAAGACUGGGAAGCGUGCAGAUUUGGAAAUCACUGUGCCAGUUGGACAUCCUCAGAUUACGUCAAAGAAACCAGAGUUUAGCAUUUAUGAAUAUAGUCCAAGGAAAAGUAUUUUCCCACCAAAUAAAGAGAUAAAGCGAGGGGACUGGAAAACAGAAAGCGCAUCAAGCACUGCAAGCAGUUCAAGUAACCGAUCUAGUACAAGAAGUCUACUGAGUGUCAGCAGUGGGAUGGAUGGUGACAAUGAGGAUAAUGAGAUACCUGACAUGAAGAGAAAUGUCUGCUCUGGAAGCCCGCAGGUAGACAAGCCACUUUCCAUUUCAUCUGGAAGGCCUCCAAGAAUACCUCCUCGAGUUGCUAGCAGGCUGUUGAGCUUUGACAACUUCCACCCACCACCUGUGCCCCCAAGAGGUCGUGAUAAGUUACACUAAAUCUUUUGGAUAUUAAAAAUUGAAAUGUGAGAAAGCAGAGCUUUUAUUCUUCAGAAUGACUUUUGAGUGGUUAUGCUAUAACUCCAAUCAGCAUAAUUUCACUUCUUCUGUCAGUCUCAAAUGAAUAAUUUUGGUAGAGUUUACUCUAAAAACUGAGUCACAGUUGAAUGAACAAAAAGAGUUUAGAACAAAUGAACUGUUAGAUCAUGAAAAAAAUGGCAUGUUGAACUUACUGGAAUUCUUGGAUGUAUCGGUUCUAAUUACAUCAGACCAAAGGUGUCUUGGUCAUUGUCUCACUCAUUCCUCAACUUCAGAAUGGAGAAGCUACAGCAGAUUUUUUUGUCUAUCUACAAAUAUCUGAAAAUAGAUUUACUCUGAUACAGGUAACUGUACUGGGGAUUUCACAAUAUAGUGACAACUAGAGUGUCUUGUAUUAAGCAAUGCAAUUCAUUUGAAAUUUGUUGAGUUUCUUAGCGAUUUUAUGAUAAUUUUGUAUUCAGACUUGUCAAAUUGAUGCCUCUGGUUUCUUUUCUGGUAAUACAAUACUGAAAAAUUGAAGAGGAUUUCUCAUUUCAGGUCUCCGUUGUCACCUAUAUGAGUCUUGAAUCUGUAUUAUUUCUGUGAGAAUUUGCCAAGAAGUACUUAGCAAAUCAUGAAUGUAAAGAAACUCAGUUCUUAUUUCUGAACCUUAAUAAAUUUGUGCACAAAUUUCAACAGAUAGGGAUCAUGUCGUUAGCGGAAGAAGAGACUCCUGCAGCAAAUCUCCUCCUGUUCCCAUUGUAGACAGACACUAUCCAAAAAGAUGACCAACCCUAUUCUUUUAUAAGUUUUAGAACAUAGAAUAUUGGCUUGGUGAGAAAGUAUAACAACCCAGAAUGAGGUGGAGAGGACUGCACCUGUAACCCUGCAAAGCAGGACAGCUGUCUGAUCCCAUUUGCAUUGAGUUUCAAGAUAUAUACAGGUGGUCCUUGGUUAACAAUGGCAAUUGGGACUGGAAUUUCCAUUGCUAAGUGACAUAGUCAUAAAGC